AGUCUUAAACUCGAAUCGAAAGGCAUCAUCAGAUCAGAACAGAACAAAUAAAUACCCUUUCGUUCGCUGGCUGGCUCCCCCCAAAAUUAAAACCCUAACCUUCGAACAACCUCUCACCGCUACGCCACCGAUCCCUAUUUUCCCUCUUCAAUCAAUCAAAGAACAACAGAAUGAGUAGACGCUCCAGCAGAACCGUCUAUGUUGGUAAUCUACCUGGCGAUAUCCGUGAAAGAGAAGUUGAAGAUUUGUUUAUGAAGUAUGGACAUAUAACUCACAUUGACCUAAAGGUUCCGCCAAGGCCCCCUGGUUAUGCAUUUGUAGAGUUUGAAGAUUAUCAAGAUGCUGAGGAUGCAAUUCGCGGGCGUGAUGGCUAUGAUUUUGAUGGGCACCGGUUACGGGUGGAGGCUGCUCAUGGUGGUCGUGGUACUGGUAAUUCAUCUUCAAGAGAUCGAUAUAGUAGUCAUACCAAUGGCCGGGGUGGACGUGGAGUAUCCAGACGUUCUGAAUAUCGCGUUCUAGUCAAUGGGUUGCCCUCUUCUGCAUCCUGGCAGGAUCUUAAGGAUCACAUGCGAAAAGCAGGGGAUGUUUGCUUUUCACAAGUUUUUCAUGAUGGAAGGGGUACUACUGGGAUCGUGGAUUACACAAACUACGAUGAUAUGAAAUAUGCUAUCAAAAAGCUUGAUGACUCUGAGUUCCGAAAUGCAUUUUCCAAGUCUUAUGUUCGAGUGAGGGAGUAUGAUUCAAGGCGGGACUCUAGAAGUCCGAGUAGAGGAAGAAGCUACAGUCGCAGCCGUAGUCGCAGCCGUAGCCGUAGCCGCAGUCCAGGCCAUAGCCAAAGCAAAUCUCCUAAGGGUAAAUCCUCACAACGUUCGCCAGCUAAAUCUCCAGCAAGAUCAGUUUCUCGUUCUCGCUCAAGAUCUAGAUCCCGUUCUUUAUCAGGAUAUGGAAAUUGCGGCAUACUGGAAAUUGGAAUUUAGGGACUUGGUGGGAUUUGGUUCAAUUGCCUGCAACUCAAUUUGGUUGUGGAGGUAUGAUAUUUUUUAGAUGGGUGACUUUGGAUACCCUCAUAGUACAUUUGUUCUAAUACUUUUAGCAUGUAAAUGUCCAUGGGUGCUAGAUUGGGAAAACAAGGAGAUCAUGGAUUGUCAUUUUAGAGCUGGAUGUCUUGUGUUUAAAGGCAAUUGGGAUUUGGAAAUCUCCAACAAUGGCACUAGGAUAAUUUCAUAACAAUCGUGGGCUUCAAGAAUUGCCAAGCCAAUAGGGUGCACUAUCUGGAUUUUUUGGUGCACUGCAGUGAAAGAUUUAUUUUCCCCAGUCCACUGGUGUCUUAAAGUUGAAACGUGUGAUGGUUUAUUUUUCAUUCAUUUUCCAUUCAUUUUUCAUCAUAUUAUUAUACAUUUGAUUCCCAUAACUUUUCAUUCUCUGGCCUUCUCUCUGUUGGGCU